GAGGCGUGGGAGGAAAUGCUGGGUUUGCAAAGGAGGUUUAGCUUCAACAGCUGCAGUUGAAAAGCGAAAUACAGGGGGAGGGAUGGGACUGGGCGAAGGAGGGAGGACAGGGAGGGGGGGGUGUGCUGAGCCCUGUCGCCGGUGUCGUCCCCCCCCCGCCGGGCUGGCGGAGCCGCUGUCAUGCGGCGGUCCCUGCCCGGGCAGCCGGCGGCAGGGAGAGGCUACCAACGACUUUCUGCAAAGUUUGACCCGCUUGCCUUCAUUUUAUUAUUUUAUUAAUUUUUUUUUUUUUUGAUGCUGCGACGGCGGCCGGAGCGGGAACCCCCCCGCACCCCCCUGCUCCACCGGCGAGGCUGAGCCCCGGGGGGGCGGGGGGGCCGGCGCCGUCCCCGUAUGCAUGAAUGUAUUGCGAGAGAGGAAGCUUGCGGCAGCCAGGAGGCGGAGGCACCGAUCCUGCUCCUCUCACCUCCCCGGGCAUCUAGCAAAGAGGCGAAGGAAGAGAAAAAAAAGAGCGAGAGAAGCGAGAGAAGGAGCCUCCCCCCCCGGUCCAUCCCCCCCCGCCGCACCUCGCCCCCGCGCAGCGCAGGGGAGCCCGGCGCGGUGCGCGGCGGCCGCCGGUGCUCGGCGCUGGUCCCCGCCGCCGCGGGAUGCUGUGACAUCCCCCCGACCCCCCGGAGGACCCACGCGUGUGCGGGGCAGCCCCCGCCGCCCCCUCCAUGAGCCCCGCCGGUUGAGCCACAGCCGGCUCGCCCGGGAGCGGCGGCAGCGGGAGGAGGAGGAGGAGGAAGGUCGGACAAGCCUGCGGAGGAGCGCUCGCCGAGGAGGAGGAGGAGGAGGAGGCGGAGGAAGGGCAGUCGCGGGGCCGGCGCCCCCCGGGCCGGUGCGUGGCGGCGGGAUGUCAGGGGCGGCGGUUCCGCGGCGCUGAGCGGGCGCGGAGCGGGGGAGGCUCAGCCCCCGCCUGCGCCACCGGGACCUCCGGCUCGUUCUUCAUGGUUUCGGCUAUUUCUAAGGGAAAGACUUAAAAAAAUAUAAUAAAUCCCCAAACCCAAAGCCCUGACAGCGCUGGCGGAGGAGCCUCCAAAAUCGGAGAUUUGCUACUUUUUUUUUUUUUUUUUUUUUUUUUGCAUUUUCCACCCGUCGUUUCUUUCUGUUAUUAUUGUAAUUUUGUGCGAAAGGAAGUUAUGAACAACUGCAAGUCAGGAAGUGGAAAUCCACACCGGUUGUGACAAGCUGGGGCUAAAAACUAUUUCAUUAUUUAUAUAGAUGUGUCUAUCAACAUUCUGCUUUUCAUCCAAAGAAUAAAGGGAAAUACCGGCUAGUCCUAUGUUUGACGGUGAAUGACAGACCGCAUCUGAAGAAAGGAAGGACUAAAUAUAUCAGCUAAGAACACCACCGUUAUUUAUUGAACUCAAGAGACCUUUUUUUAACCCAAAGACUUUGAGCAAGAGACUUAAUAGGUCGUUAAAAGGGGAAAAAAUAAAUCUUAAAGGCCCUUUGCUUCUGAAGUGCAGCUAACCUCAAAAAUACGAGCAGUACUUGUAAGACGGAUACUCAAAUUAAGGCUUUACAUGAUGAAUUUUCUAUCCUAUGGAUAUCAGUUUUGAGAUUACAAACCAAGAAGAUCUGUAAUUGAUCUAGCACCAGAUAAUUUCAAUGCCUAAUAUUCCCCAGGAUUGCUGGAGUACCCCAGGAGCUGCGUCGGACUGUACUCGGGGUAUGCCAUGGGCUGUAUUCAGAGUAUUAGCUGCAAAUCCAAAGUUUUCCGGGAAAGUAUUUCAGUGAUUGAAGUCAAAGCCUCCAUCGAUCCCAUUCCCACCAGCAUCGACGAGUCCUCCAGCGUGGUCCUGCGCUACCGGACCCCUCACUUCCGAGCCUCUGCCCAAGUGUUGGUGCCCCCUAUUCCCAAGAAGGAGACCUGGAUCGUGGGCUGGAUCCAGGCUUGCAGCCACAUGGAAUUUUACAAUCACUACGGGGAACAGGGAAUGUCAAGUUGGGAGCUUCCAGAUCUACUGGAUGGUAAAAUCCAGGCCAUCAGCGACUCAGACGGAGUGAACUAUCCCUGGUAUGGAAACACGACAGAAACCUGCACCAUCGUGGGUCCCACAAAGAAGGAGUCCAAGUUCAACAUCAGUAUGAACGACAACUUUUACCCGAGCGUGACGUGGGCCGUGCCCGUCAGCGAGAGCAAUGUGGCCAAACUCACAAGCAUUCACCGGGAUCAAAGCUUCACCACCUGGCUGGUUGCAACCAACACGGCUACCAACGAAAUGGUGACCUUGCAGACUAUCAAAUGGCGCAUGAGGCUGGGCAUCGAGGUGAAUCCCAGCAGACCCCUGGGGCAGCGUGCCAAGCUGCAGGAGCCCUCUGCUCAAGAGCAGCCCCAGGUCCUUAGCAAGAAUGAGCCAAUACCACCCAGUGCCCUUGUCAAACCCAAUGCCAAUGAUGCUCAGGUACUCAUGUGGAGGCCAAAGGAUGGACCACCACUUGUGGUGAUACCUCCAAAACAUCGGUAAUAUACACCUGGCGUCCCGGCACUAAAAGGGAGAAUAAAAAACAAAAACAACCUGAAGCAAAACAAUCACUUAGGUAUUAGAAUACACACGUAUAAUCUGAGCAAAAUCAAAAUGCACUUUUUAGUCAUUCAACAAAUGCAACCAUUCUACCUUCUCCCAUUGGGACGGAUUUCACUGUGCUAAAGCUAAAGAGGAGACCUUUGACCGGGGUCUGUCUCAUCACUGGAUUCCUAAGGGAAGAAACUAACACUGAUGUCUACCCGUAGAGCUUUUGUCUUUUUCUUCCCUACUUUAGUUACUUUUUGAACUUCAGUCUCAUUAGCUUGUCCAGACUGCCCAGAACAAUAAGAACAUUUUAUUUGGGAUUUAAAGAAUCUUUUUUUUUUUUUUUUCCUUUUUGGUUGAGAACGAAACAAUUUCCUGGAGCAAAAAGUUGACUAUUUAAGAUAAGGAUUAUUUUUUUUUUUCCAAGCUGUAAGGUUCUGAGUUGCAAAUCCAAGUCAUGCGGCCUUAUGUAGACUUUGCUUUGCAUUGCCAAACUUUUGCCUUAAAGCUAUGUUUGAAAAAAACCAACAAAACCACCACCAGGCAGAAUGUCCUUUCUACAGAUUUUCUGGGAGAAAGCUUUGGAAUAAGGAAUAGAUUGCCAGCGUGUCAUGGGCCGAUGGAUGAAAAGGGCAUGAAAUCGGAAGAAGCGUGAUAAAAAGAAAGUCUUCCUGGUUUUGAAACCUGGAAGAAGGAAGCAUGGAAAUAAUCUCAGUUUCAAAGCAAUGCAAAUAACAAACCUGCUGUGGGAUGUCUCUUGAGUGGGAGCUGCUAGGCCAUCUCCCUGCUUCGCCGGAGGGGCAGCAGGCAGACUUGCACUGCUCACACGUGGUGAUCGCAGCCUCCCGUUAGCAUUGUAAUACCGGAUAAUCUCACAGCUGGAGCUGUGGCCCUGGGAGUCAACAAGGAUCGAGAGGGCAGGGGGAUUUCCCACCGGGUUUGUCUUUAGGACACGCAGGUGUUUGCCCAGCUAGCCCACGGUCUCACCUUCUCGUGGCCCGAGAGCCAACGGCUCGCGCGCCGGCUGCUGUUGGUGAAGCUCUGUUGCCCUGUUUUCCCAUGAAAUUCAGAUGAUGGUGCUGUAAGAAGAGCAGGAUAUAAAAAGGAUCCUUCUGAAGUCAUUGGAGACGCACGGGUGUAAGUGAGGGCAGAUCUUUAUCUACCAAGUCUACUCGGCAAUAGCCAUAAUUCAGGAACAGCCACGUCUGAGAAUACCAGGCACCCAUUCCUAGCAAACACUACAAGCAAAAGCUAUGGAAAGCUGCUCUUCCCCCAAUAACAAAUCACACUGGGGCCAGUAGGUAAUUUUCUUCCAAAUGGCCUCACGAUGUCCGUGACUGUCAGGAAUGGGGUACAGACAGGACCAUGGUACUGUCACGGCACAACCAUCUGUGUAAUGCACGAGAAGGUGCCAGCAGGGCAGCCCCCGGCCCUCGGGGGUAGAUCCUCCGGUGAGAAAGGUGCAUUGGGGGCAGGGGGUGGAACCUCUAGGUUUCAGUAAGGGCCAGAUGGCUUCAGAGAUAACCAGAUGCACUUCUGCGGGGGAGGCUGUGGGAGCGGGAGGGGCAGGGUUUGCAGGCGGAGGAAGUUCUGCAGCAGAGGUGGCAUCUGGAGGACAGGGCACGGGACGGGGAGCAGAGGAUCCGCUCUCUUGCUCCAGCACAUGGCCUAAGGCAGAUCACUUCCCCUUCCCUCGGCAGCUCCUUCCCCUAGAUAGAACGCUUCUUCCUCUUACUAAAAAUUCGCCUCAAGAGCUGGGACUGAAGAGCACCCGGCGUGCCAGACUCCAGCCUGGCCCUGCUGAGCUGCUCCGAACAGGUCUCACGGCCACACACACGCUGCUCCAAAGGCUCUCCCCUCCGAGAGGCACCGACUCGCUGCUAUUGCCAUCUUCACCUUCCACGUGGACAUUACCAGCAAGAAGUUCUCCUUCCUCACUUCUCCAAAGCCACGCCAUCUACUUCGGCAACAGGUCCGACAUCACCACCUGCCUGGGGAAGGGAUGCCCAGAAGAUACGCCCACCCCCUUCCCCCCAGCCGCAAACCAGCAAACAAGGAUCCUGGGUCCCUGCACCAACCCCCCAUUUUUCGGAGGUGCUCGGCCAUGGAGCUGCUCUCUCCAGCGGGCAGAUCUUUGAGGUCCAGCACAACAAGAAGCUUGCAAACGAAUGGACUGGAUCAAACCCAAAUCCACGAGCCAAAGGUUGCCUAAAUCUAGGCUUUGGGACUAUAAAGGAUGAAGCUAGGGAGACUUUGACUUGCACAGUCACUCUCUGUAUUAAACUCCAUUUUCUUACGUGGAUUCAAACCCUAACUACGGCUCUACCGGCACAGCCCUUUGGGACUGGCCUGUAUUUUCUCCUAGGCAAUACAUGCAGAAGAGGACAAGACGUGAGCUGUGGGUGAAUAGCCGAUAGCGCUUACACGCGUCUCGGCAGCCGCGUAGGUGCGCUUCCGGGCAGUCCCGCAGGUGGGAGCAGAAGGGGUAUUCUUGUCUGGUAUUCACUUUGUCUCCAGGUGCUGAGUACUUACAGUUCUCACCGAUGUCAGCACAGGUUGAAGAAAUCAGACCCAGUUGUCUUAAUUAGCUGCACAAAGGAAUUCCAAGGAAAGAUUUCUUCUCAGUCACCAAAAACCACAUUCAGGGAACACCUACGUCCUUUUCCACUUAGCUGCGUGUUGGACUUAGUCUCCAGUGCAUUAAGUAAAUCUGGUCCCUCCUACUCCCUCUACCUGGCGGACUGGAUGCAUCCAUGCAAUUUGGUAGUAACCUCCUGGCUAAUUCGUCCUGUUGCACUGAACAGACCCAGCUGAGCAGUAAAAUACGAAAUUCAAAUUUCACUUUGGGGUCAGCUUUGCAUGGACUUCUUCCUUCCCAAAGAAUGCCUUUAUCCCGUGCCUAGGUUGAGACGUGCCCCUCCACCUCCAUUCACAUCACCAGACACGGCGCAGAAUAGCGAUGCUGCCGCUUUCGAGAUUUGACGCGUUGUGAUUAAAAAUGAUGUUUUCCCAAUGCUGCUUCAUUAGAAAACUGAUGGGGACAGACUGAGUGUAAAAGGAAGGGUGGUUGGAGGUAACAGGUGCUACAGACAUCACUACUGGCACGGCUGGUUAGUAGCCAUGUGGUUAGAACAGGGAUUGAUGGGGUCCCAACGGGGACUUAAAUGUCUGGGGAGCUGGGGCACCCUGCGGCGAGUAAGGUGGUAAAUCAGCAGAGGUAAAUAAAGCUCCUUCUCUGGCAGCUUUUUGCAGAACCGGGAAUGCACAAAGGAGGCGCUGGGGAGGUGAUGGGGCACCAACGCGGGAUAAUGACGUACGUGAGCUUGUCUCUGCCUCACCUCUCUCAUCAACGAUGCUCAGCUCUUUACGGCCCCGCAUGGCACGGGAGCCGGACCGUCCCUGUCGAAACCCCACAGUGGUCCAGGGUGGGAGGCAGCAGGGCGAGCCCUGGCCAAGACCCUCACCUGCGCCCUCUCCCCGCCCCGGCAGCCGCGGGGCAGGGGCUGGGAGACGCCAUGGAGCUUGGCCAACACGGCAAGAACAUCACGGGCCCUUUGGUUCUCCUUUCCUACCCUUGACGAGCGUGGCGAGAGAGGGACGGCCCCUCGGGGAGUCAAUAAAGGUAUUAAGCAGCGUUGGGGGGGAGCAGACCUGUUGAGCGGGCGCAGCGGAGAGAAGGCUGGGUCCAGCACGGGGGUACGGGGGGGUACGGCGGGGGCUGCCCCAGCCCCGGCACCGCUGUCCCCCCCUGCCCCGGCUCCCGGCGCAGCAAUAAGAAUCGUCCUUGGUCUUGCAGAGAUACUGUGAAAACAAAACCAAGAUGUACCGAGUCUGGACACUUAACAGAGAUGUAAAAAACAAAACCCUGCUUUUAUAACGGACAGAGAAAUAAAGUGAAGUUUUCAAAUGCGUCUGCCUGGAGUCGUUUGGGCGGUGGCUGUUUUUAAACAAAUGGCUCCACCACCUCUGCGCUCGCGUUUCAAGGCGGCGAUGAACACCCUAUUUACCACGAGUGCCUUCUCUCUCCAUGUCAGCAUCAGAUAGAGCGCGGAGGUUUCUGGUUAAACGUACCAGCCGACAUCCUGCAUUUUUCAUUACCCGGCUGCCGCGUGUCGUGUGGCGGCAGGACAGAGCCGAGCCUGUCGGCGCAGGCAGCAGCCGAACUUCCGCACGGUUGGGUUUCCCGACGCUGUUUGCUUGUUUAGCAAAAGCCUGGUCAGAUGCUUGCUGUAAACACUGCUGAAAAAGCCGAAACGGCUGGGGAGCGGCGGGCUCUCAG